UGUCAAAUCUGUCAAACACACUGUCACACGCACGUGUCAUAACAAACGAGCUACCGAUUGUUAGCUGAGUGCACAGUUUAGUUGUUUCGUGCUUUAAUUUACUACAAAUAGAGAUGGGAAAAGGAAAAAAACGUAAGCUCGAGAGCACCCAGGACAGCAAAGGCAAAGACGAGAAUGUAUUCAAUUUGCCGGCCAAACAUUUAGCAAAAAGUCACAUCAGUUCGCACGAGAAACGAUUGAUUGUUGUUCUGGAUGGGGCACAACUGGAAACGGUGAAGGUGGGAAAUUUAUUCGAACUGUUGAACUGUGACGAUCACAUGAACAUUUUGCGGAAAAAUGGUCGCGAUCCGGGUACCUGUCGUCCGGACAUUACACAUCAGUCGCUGUUGAUGCUAUUCGAUUCGCCAUUGAAUCGGGCUGGUUUGCUGCAAGUGUACAUUCAUACCGCCAAAAAUGUACUGAUCGAAAUCAAUCCACAAACUCGAAUUCCGAGAACAUUAAAACGGUUCGGAGGCUUGAUGGUACAACUCCUUCAUAAAAUGAGCGUCCGUGCCACCGACAGCAACACCAAAUUGAUGAAAGUCAUCAAAAAUCCAAUAACCGACCAUCUGCCCGUCGGUUGCAAGAAGUACGUGAUGUCGUUCACCGGUAAACUGACAACAUGCAAAGAACUGGUGCCGAAAGAAGAGGAACCAAUUGCUCUGGUGAUCGGUGCAUUUGCUCACGGAAAUGUUUCAACGGACUAUACGGAAGGCGCGUUUUCUAUAAGCAAUUAUCCAUUGUCAGCCGCACUGGCAUGCAGUAAACUUUGUAAUGCAUUCGAGGAGGUGUGGGGAAUCGUUUAAAAUACAUUUUAUUGAGAUACACA